ACGAGAGCUAGAAUGACAUAGAAGCGGGAGAGGUGGUAGAGAGGAAGAGAGACAGGCAGAGGGCUUACCACCAAUUUGGGCCGCUAUAGAGCGAUAAAAUAACUAGUUAAUACAUAAAGCACACGGGAAGAUGCUCAUCAAAGAAUUUCGGGUGGUCCUGCCCAUUUCUGUGGAAGAGUACCAAGUGGGUCAGCUGUACUCUGUAGCGGAGGCCAGUAAGAAUGAGACCGGUGGAGGGGAGGGGGUCGAGGUGCUCAAGAACGAACCCUACGAGAAGGACGGAGAGAAAGGCCAGUACACACACAAAAUCUACCAUCUGCAGAGUAAAGUUCCCUCAUUUGUGCGAAUGCUAGCACCAGCGUCCGCCCUCAGCAUCCACGAGAAAGCCUGGAACGCUUACCCCUACUGUCGCACAGUCAUCACUAAUGAAUACAUGAAAGAUAACUUCUUGAUCAAGAUUGAGACGUGGCACAAACCUGACCUUGGUCAUCAAGAGAAUGUACAUGGACUAGACUCUGAGACCUGGAAGAAGGUUGAUGUUGUGUACAUUGACAUUGCUGACAGAAGUCAGGUCGAGUCUAAGGACUACAAGCCUGAGGAGGACCCUUCAAAGUAUAAGUCGGUGAAGACCGCCCGAGGACCACUGGGGCCUGACUGGAAGAAAGAGCUGCCUAAAAAGACAGACUGCCCACACAUGUGUGCUUACAAACUGGUCACUGUCAAGUUCAAGUGGUGGGGACUGCAGAACAAGGUGGAGAACUUCAUUCAAAAGCAAGAGAAGCGCUUGUUCACUAACUUCCAUCGGCAGCUCUUCUGCUGGAUCGACCGAUGGAUUGAGCUUAACAUGGACGACAUCCGGCGAAUGGAGGAGGAAACCAGGAGGGAGCUGGACGAGAUGAGAGUGAAAGACCCAGUGAAAGGAAUGGUCGCUCUUGAGGACUGAUGCAGGACCUUGCAAUGCUGCUGCUGACAAUGAUGAUCAGAACCGUAUCUUAUGAACACCAGCGGCAUCACUCUCCUCAGUGGUCACGGUGAAACACCAACAUCAUGUCAACUUGGUCCAAGCCCCUGACCCCCGACCCCUCCUCUUUCCUCCUCCUCCUCUUGGCGUGGGCCUCCCACAGGUCAACCAUUCCCUCCUGUCACCCCUUCUCGGUUCUAAAACGGAGCACUUCUGAUCAAAAAUGAGAAACAAAUUUUUAAAAAGAUAGAAAUAAUGUUUCAAAGUGUGGAACUGCCUCAGAGUCUCCGCAUCCUACAGCAAAUAGUUGUUACAGCUAAGCCAUCUGUAGCAACCCUAUAGGUAUUUUAAGAUGUCAAACAUUUGAAAAAACACAUACAUAUUAGAGAUAUGAAGACGUCAUUUCUUUUUAAAAAGAACAAAACAUGUUGUGUGUACAUAAAGUAUAUAUCAGAUAAUGAAUAUCACGAGAGCUGUACAAACAGGGUUUUUAAAAAAGAAGAUUUAAAAGUUUGUCUGUGUAUGUUCUUUUGGACCAAGCUGAAUCUUCUCAGUGUUAAUCUCUGCAUUUUAUUUUAUCAUUUUGUUCUGAGUUGUAGUAAUAUUUCCUUUUAUUGUGCUGGCAGAUUACACCAUUUUCUCACAGUUACAUUUAAUUUUUUUUCUGUUAUCGGUUUCCUUGCUAUCUAGUGAACAAAGUUGCUUGUUUCCUAUGCGUUGCCUGGCGACCUCUAAACCUUUGUCCAAUGUCGUUGUUCCCAGGCUGACAAUGUGGUUCUUACUUUAACAGGAAGAAUCACAUGGUUGCUAUGACAAGAGUGUGGGUGUUUGUGUGCACUAUAAAGGCAAAGAAUAAGUAUGUUAAUUGUACUAUAUGAACAUACCCUCUUGUACUUCUAUUUCACUGAGUUGCAAGUAUGUUCUUAAUAUAGGUGGUGAGUUGUUUUAACCCGUGAGCGUGUUUUUUUGUGUUUUUUUGAGUCUGUGUUUCAUCAUAGCUAACCCCCCACACCCAACUUGUUUGGACUUAUUUGUGCAAACUGAUGCUUGGCCAGUUAUUUUCCAACACUGCUCCCUCCAGAGCAAAGCCUGGCUGUGGAAGGGUCCGGUCCAUGCCACAAGUUCAGAACUGAGCCAGAGUUACUCCAACGAAAGCUGCGUUCUGGGUUUUCUUAUCGUUCCCCGUCUGCCUCAGCCCCAUGUAUGCUCCAGUUACUGUUACGGAUAGUGUAAGAGAUGGUCGCAGCCUCUAAGACACCUUUCAAGUGCAUGGGACACACUAGGUUGGUGGGCUUUUGUUUUGGUCUGUGGACAAUCCAGGGGCUGCUAAAGGAGGACUGUAAGCCGGAGACAGUUGGUUAGAUAAGACCUAAAGGAAAUUAAUAGACAAAAGAUAACUAAACACAGGUCUGAAAUCUUGAAGUCAAACGCCACCCAGACAGGUAGGCUACAGCAGGUCUCCCUCAGCCUGUAGGACGGAUUUGUCAGGCAACCACGGAAACCCCAGAUUUUCUGUUUUUGUUUUUCUGUUCUUGCUGUCCCUGUGUUACUUAACAAAAUCAAUAUUUGUCUAAGGUUCAGGCGUGGUCCGUUUUGUUGUGGCUUUUUGUGAAUAGAAACUCGAAACUUGAUAUUAGGUGGUGGCUUUACUCCUUUGACCUCGUCUGCCAUGACGCAUCGCAUCGCAUUGGACCGAGGGAUAAGACGUCAUUUAUCCAGAAGAGAGCAAUAACUUCCCCCUCUCAUCCAUACGUCCCUCUAUCAGUACUCGAUAUCCAGACUGUCGCGUUGAGAGUCGAGAGCUGACCACGCAGUCAGAGACCCACAGAGUGGCUGACUCACCCAUGACUACGGUCAGAUCAGAGAUACAGAGACGUGUCGCGGGGGACGAGAUCGAGGGUCAGUGCUGUGCAAGAAGACCCACUGAUGUGCGAGCGAGCGAGUGAGUGUGCGUGUUUUCCAGUAGCACUUGGUCUGUUUGUCUCUCUGCAGUGGGUGUUCGGUUUCAGGGUGUGUUUUUUUUGUUGGUUCGUCUAUACAUCUUUGAUAGCGCUGCAUCAUCGGCUCCAGAUCUCACCCCAGCAUCUGCUCUCAUUCUCUGGGAGACGGUACGGGAAAAAACAAACAAACAAACAAACAAAUCCAUUAGCAAUAUUCACAACUUUAUGUCAUCCCUGAAAACAAAGAAAGUAAAUAUAAAAGUGUAUGUAUUUAAUUGUAUAUAUUAUAUAAAUACGUGUAGAUGAACAUAUAUAUAGGCCAGACUGUCCUGCCAAACAACAGCACAUACAUACGUUCCCGUCCUUCUCUCCCUCUGUAGUUGCCCUCACGUGUCUGGGGUUCAGGGCCGGUGUGUCGGUAUCACUGUUGCUUGUUACCUUGUCUGACUCCACUGGCGGAACUGAGGGCUGGUGCUCAACGUUGACAUGGGAGAACAGAUAUAGCUCAGUGUGUGUGUUCUCAGCCCAGGAGUGGAAGGGAAGACAAGCUGUGUGAGUGAUAACGACACAUUUUCACUGGCGAGAUCCAACGCACCAGAAACUGAGUGUGAAGGAUAGUGAUGAGCCAUUGGCACCAAAGGGAAUUAAAAUGUGUUUUUGUUUUGGUCUGAUUGAUUUGUCACAUUUUGUUAUAUAAACAAACAGGUGAUAUUCCUUUGGUGUGAUUACACGUAGAAGACAAUGAUGUUGACUGAGCCUCUUCCUGAUAUCUCACUUUCAUGCCAUGGUCCCUCCCCUUUUUGGCAGGAUGAUCUCUAAGUAUAUUUUUGUUCUGAAUGUUGUAUCUAUAUGUAAGUCCCUGAUCUUACACUAUGUUUAUCUCACACUGUGAAUAAUUUCUGCCCUUUACCCCCGAAAAAAAAAACGUUUUGGACACGCACAUGAGUAUGACUCUUUUAAGAAGAAAUGUACCAAUAGCAAACAAUCAGGUGAACUUCUCUUGUGUCCUUUUAAACAAGGGUCCAAAAAAGAUCAUUCAGUUAAGUGGAUGAUUGGACGAUUCUAAGAGACACUCACAUUGAUGUAGCAUUGAUAGAUUUCAUAAGCACUGCUGGUAGAAAUAUGAAUCAAUUAUACCAGAGUUACAAAUUUGGUAAUUUUUGAACAAAUUAAAUUGUUUUAAAAAAUCAUCUCGUCCACUCUCUCCUUCUCUCCUUGUCUCUUUCUCUCUCUCUGUCUUUGCCUCACUUUCUCUUGCCCUCCCUCUCUUUUUUCCUGUCAUCUGUUUUGUUUAUUUUACUGUGAAUUUGUGCCUUUUGUCAUCUAAUCUUCCAACAAAGCUGCAUUGGAGAUGUGAAAAAGAAAUAAAAAAUAAC